AUGCACGCCCCAGCGCCCACGACGCGUCUCUGCUCGUCUCCGACGCGAUGACAGCCCCUCUGCGCGGCACGCCCCGAUUGUCUGGCAUCCCCGCGUCCCAGAACACCGCGCCUGUUGCUGAAUUCCGGUGCCUCUUUACUCACGACACGCGCAAGAAGCAAAAGAAAUGGCAGGAUGGCUAUCUCAAGUUCCACUCCUUCAACAGCCGCGUUAUUGUCUAUGACGCGUCGCGGUUUACUGUCGGCGACACGUACUACAAGGAUAGCAAUGAGCUGCACGAAGGCGACGAGCUCAUGUUGGACAAGGGCGUCAUGGUCGAGGUAGCAGAGCCCGUCGGCGUCACCCAGACCGACCUCACUCCUCUGUUCGAGCGGAAAACAAAGGACUCGCCACAACGCAACAACCCUGCAGGCCCUCCGAGGCCGCUGCCUAGACCGACCCUCCCCGCAAGCAACCCUCUGCGAGCGGUGUCGCAGCCACGACACAAGUCUUUGAACGCAUUAUUGGGUACUUCGAGAGGUCCAAUUGGCAAGGCAGCGCCAAUAAAAUCUCCGUUCGAGGAGCGGAUGGAGAAGGAGAACCAUCCUGUCGAGGAAAGAGCGCCCAAGAGACAGAAGACGGCACAUGAAAGGCAGGAACAACAGGCACCCAGCCGGCCUGCACCUCGCGAGACGUCGUCAAAGACAGUUUCGUCUCUGUCUGCUCGGCUAAUGCACAGCAACACGAUUCCAAGGCCGCAGGCUGUCCAGAUCAUUCCACGCGGCGCAACCGUCAUUAGCUUGAGUUCCCAGCCUGAGACAGACAACAUCCCUUCCGACGUCACCCUUCCUCAUACGCCUGCCAGACCGCAAUCGGGGGUCUGUCCACCGACUAACUCCUUUCCACCAGUUCAGAGAGAGUCCCCACCUCAACCAAUUGCUCCAAGGACACCCAAUAUACCAAAGAGAAGGGUUCCCAUAUCGAGCGUGAAGGCACAGCAGAAGCCCCAACCACGUGCACCGCCUUCUUCCCCUCCCGUCAGUGCAUCGAACCGCAUUGAAAACGUCGACUUUACCAUCGAACCUGUGUCUGAUCCUCCCAGGGAACCGUCUCCUAUCCCGUCACCUCCCAAACCGUGGCCCGUGGAGAAGAGGAAAACCAAAGCUCUCAAGUUGUCAACAGGAGCUAAGCGAGGGAUGCUCCUAUGUCAGUCUGCGCCAAUCAGGAGGCGGCCAAGUCCAGAUGAGCUGGAUCCGCAAACCUCUACCGCCGUACGAAACGGUGAAAAUGCGCUUCCGCAAAGAGUCAUGUUCGGUGAAGGUUCUCGGAGAGAAAGCAUUGCCAUCCAAGAUGCAAUGGGAAAGGCCAGCCACAGUAGAAUGGAUGUCUGGACUACCGUAGGGCCAUCUAGAGAAGCUACGAAGUCUGUCGAAGGCACUGUCCAGUCACCUUUGGAGACUCUGGAUGACCUGGAAUUGGCGCAUGGAUUCUUGGAUCAGCAGUUGCUGGUGACGCCGUCGUCACCCCAUCUUCACUUUAGGUCGACUGCCUCCAAAUCUCCUGCAACAGCCAAACCCAAAAUCACCAAACGCGCAUCAACGAAGCUCCCCAAGAGCACGAAAAGAGCAUGUGAAACACCUACGGAAGGCCCAAUACCCAAACUGAGUAAGGCCAAAGCUACGCAGCCCAAAGACCCAGCGGCUAGGCCUGCGAAAAGGAAGAAAGCCGACAAAGCAGAGCCGCCUGCCAUUUCGCGCUCAUCCUCUCCUGCAGCAGUGUGUAUUAGAAAGGAACCACCCUUGUCAAACCCACGUGCCGUGCUAUCUGAACCACAUGAACGAUCACGAACGACUUCCAUUUCGUUAUCCCCUGGUAAGCUAGCAGCAUUGUCAACGGGUGGUUUCAAGAAAAAGCCCAAACGAACCAAAGCACUCUUGACUGCCUCCGACAACCUUGACCCCGCCCCACCCCUACGACCCGUAACCGUAGCCCUCCCACCACAUCCUCUCCGUUCUAGCAAGAAUGGUCCUCUCAUGAGCACAACCGAGCUAUCCGCGCUCCUCCAAAAUGGUCCAAAGUCGAUGCGACCUGAAGACGAUCCCAUCGACGACAGUACGCAAGGAGACAGCAACGUAUUGCCUUCAAAGCGUUCCUCGGGAUUCCAUCGUUCGCGCAGUGAGAACGACGCGCCCAUUCCGUCUACCAGCGAUGAGUGGGAGCAAAAAAGUUUGCCCAAACCCUCAGACACGACCAAGUUUGCUUCCGCCUCCGGUAGCCGAAAUGCAAAGCCGAAAGCGGGCGGACUCGCCGCGCUAGUCAAGAAGACCGACCCGCGGCGUAAGUUCCAGCGUACCCAGAGUCUGAACGUGGAUACCCCGCUGGCAAAUGCAGGUUUGGAGACGCCCGAGGUAGUCAGUCCGCCUCCGGUAGACACCGACGUUGGACCUUGGAGUAGUGAAGCAUUUGAUCUUUUCGAUUGGAAACCCCCAGGGAAGGAGUGGAAGGCUGAAGGCGGCAAAAUGAGAUUAGUCGACGUUGCGGAUGAGGAAGACAGCGGUGUUGGAAUGCUUAUUGAUGCACGAUAGGAUGAGUUGGUAGACUGGUCUGGAGCGCAGGGUUGCUGACUAUAUGAUUUGACGCAUCAAUAUAUGAUCACGACAAAGCCUGGUCUACGACUUUCACCGCACGUGCUGGGGAUCCCUCCCCUACAGACGACAUGUAUGCCAAUAAACAACUUUGUCGGGAAAGUGCACGAGAUGGCUGGCUCAAUAGCCGUGCAAUAUCUGUCGAUGAUAACUCCAAUGUUAAAUCCUCAUCGAACGUUCGUGUCAACCAUAUGU